AUGAUAAGAAAGGGCUCCUUCUGGAGUAUCAGCGGCGACACAAGCUCUCUUGGUUCUUGGAUUUGGAAGAAGCUACUGAAGUAUAGAACUCUGGCCAGAUCUUUUGUACAAGUAGAAAUAAGAAGUGGAACUACUACUUCUUUCUGGUUUGAUGUGUGGUCCCCCUUGGGGAGGAUAAUAGACAUCACAGAAAUGCAACGUUGCAUCGCGCUUGGGAUCAAUCUCAAUGCCACCGUCGAGUUUGUUAUUCAAAACUACCGGAGCCGCCGCUACAGAGCAGAACACUUAAUCACCAUUGAUAAGGAGAUCCUGAAGUUGAGAGUCCAGGGGCUUACAGAAGAGGACGAUGUGGUUAAGUGGAAAGGGAAAGGCAAUGUGUUUCGACCUUGUUUCGACACACACCAAUCUUGGAACUCUAUUCGAGUGCCGCAGUCAAAAGUUCAGUGGUAUAAGGGUCUCUGGUUUGCUGGAUCAACUCCAAAGUACUCUGUUAUGUCUUGGCUUGCUGUACAUAAUCGCCUGGCAACAGGAGAUAGGCUGCUGCAGUGGAACUCUCAGGCAAACGCUCAGUGUAUCUUCUGUAACUCUGCAGUCGAAUCCCGAAAUCAUCUUUUCUUUAGCUGCACCUUCACAGAGACUAUUUGGAGGAACCUUACAAGGAAGCUACUUGGACAGAACUACUCACAUAUAUGGAGUCAAGUUCUUGAUCUUAUAUCGACACACACUGUCUCAGGGGAGACAAGGUUCCUCCUAAGAUACGCUUUUCAAGUUUCAGUGCACAGUAUUUGGCUGGAGAGAAAUGGUAGGAGACACGGCCAGGUUCAGACACCUCCGAGCAUUCUUAUCAAGUUCAUUGACAAGCAAAUACGAAACCGAAUCAGUUCACUUCGGGGAUGA